ACACUUUUGAUUGCUAUGGAGAUGAAGGAAGACAAAGAUGCAAGGUGGUUUGAACUCGAAUGUAUACCUAAGGAUUACAUACCAUUAGAAGAAAAUAGACCACAAAAUCUUGAUAGUCCUGUUUGUGAUUCGAUUCCUGUCAUAGAUCUUGCGAAACCAAAUGGAACCGUUGAAGAAAUCUUGAAGGGUUCUCAAGAAUUCGGUUUUUUUCAGGUGAUAAAUCAUGGAAUCCCAGAAAAGAUAUUGAUUGAUGCAUUGAAUGUUCUUAAGGAAUUCUUUUACAUGCAAGGCAAAGAUGCACCAACCGGAACCAUUCCAGAUAAAAAAGGUUAUAUUUACAAUCGUAGCGAUUUCGCAAGAGAUGGCACACAUUUAUGGAGGGAAAAUCUUAAGCAUCCUUGUCAUCCAUUGGAGAAAUGCACUCAUCUAUGGCCAGAUACACCGACUCGUUAUCAGGAGGUAAUCGCAGCGUAUUUAGUAGAAAUACAAAAAUUGAGUUCAAGGAUUUUAGAGAUGAUUGGAGAAGGAUUAGGACUUGAACAAGGGUACUUUAAAAAUACAAGUGAAGUCCAAUUAUUGUCAUCUAAUUUCUACCCACCCUGCGUGGACCCGAGUUUAACUUUGGGAAUAUCACCACACUUUGAUACGAGUCUUAUAAGCGUCGUUUAUCAAGGGGGUUCAACUGGUCUUCAGUUUAUUAAGGAUGGUGAAUGGAUCAAUGUUGGAGCUAGUCCUAAUGCCUUUGUUGUUAACAUUGGUAACCAACUUGAGAUAAUUAGCAAUAGGAAGUUGAAAAGUGUUCGACAUCGGGUUGUGACUAGUACACAUGCGACAAGACUAAGCAUUGCAACCUUUGUGAACCCGUCUCUCGAUUGCAUCGUUGAACCAGCAAAAGUCUUGGUGAACGAAUUGGAACCAUCGCUUUAUGUAGGUAGUCAAUAUAAAGAUUAUGUUCAAUGCACCAACGCGUUUGGUGCCUACACUGCUGCCAUCCUGAAUGCUAUGCAAUAAGGGAG